GGGGAGUAAACAAGCCUUUCUGACUUGCGUGUAAAGCAGGAACUUCGGUGGUGUGCAGCAACCAGGAUUAAGAGCUAGGCCUUGGUGGUGAUGGUUCUGAGCAAGAAAGUUCCCGACAUCCACAUUUUUAGCACCAGAGCCGGAGAUGUGGCUGUCCGCCCUGACCUGAACUGUUACCUCCUCCUGCCCAGUAUGCCAACCUCACCCUGCGCCGAGCUACGGCCCCUGCACCCUUCUGUGUGGGGCGGAAAACACUAUUUCAGCUCCCGUUGGCACGACUCCAUCUACGUCGUCACGGGCAACAAGUUCACAGAGGCCCAAGACCUCAGCGUCGGGCCCAGCAGGCAGGCCCGAAACCUCCACCCUAGCUGCUGCGGUGGGCAGCAUUAUUUUGCUGUCACGGGUGGUUUUGUCAUCAUUCUGAGCCAGGGCACUUCGACGGCAGUGAAGGACUUGGCCACAGGAGAACCGGUCCCAGGCCUGUAUCCGGGACACCAGUGGUCCGAGGAGAAAGUGGGGAGCAUCCGCAGCUACCUCUACUGGCACCUGUGGGACAACUUCAGCGGACGUUUCUUCACGCUACACCCCAAUAUCCUCAGCUUCCUCCCAGGGGGUCUCGGCCUCGCCAAGGGGCCCGCAUUUGGGGCCUGGAAGCUGUUAACAGCCCUCCACAACUACUCCGACAUCCCCAUCACCAAGUCACACAGACUACUCCGGACGGUGGGCUACGCUAAGGAGAAGCUGGCCGAUGCCGGACAUGGUUGGACGGCCUCUCUGCCAGAUUCUCCGGAGCCAGGCGGUGUCCUCGUGGCACUCGCCAAGGCCCAGUUUGCACUGCCGUCCCAGUACGGAGGGGCGGGCCUUGACACAGAGCAAGAGGAAUGGGAAGAGGCCCGCGAGGAAGAGAAGACCCUGGAAGUCGCAUUACAGCCCAGCGAGGUGGCCUACACGUGGCAGUACCAACUAGGCCUUGGCAAAGACGCCAUCUUGUUUUGCAGGGGAAUCCAGGUCACCAACAGCUCCAACCCACCCCAUGAAGUCCCCCUGCCACCUUCACCCUGAACCUCAGUCUUUCCCGUCUCUCAUUCGCUCCUCUACUUUAUCUCAGCGGAACAGAAGCGCCACAGGAUUUCUUGGUGAAGCUGCGUUUUGGAUCA